CUUGCUUCUCCUCCACGAGGCUGCAUCCUACUCCAGCCCUUUGCCUCUCCCUCUCCCUCUCCCCCUCCCUCCUGCCCGAAGCCCUCACUGCGCCAUCGCGCCAGCUCUGGUGCAUCGCAUACCACUUGCCUGAUCCAGGUCGGGGUCCACAUCAUCCGUGUUCUGCGCGCUGCUGUCGUUCUCCGCGCCAGCCUCUCCACGCCUCGACUCGCACCCGCCGGCACGCUUUGCAAGACGCGCGCCCAGCACCCACCAACAGCCGCCCUGGCGCCAUUCGUAGCCGCUCUUGACGACACUUGCUCACUAUCAACCGCCCUGCCACUGUCGCGGCUCAGGUAGCGCAAUCGUCGCAUUCUAGGCAGCUCAGUCGCAGCAAGUAUCAUGGCCCAGCACCAGCAGCCUUCGCCCACCACGGGCAUACCAGCACACCAUGUAGCCCAGCAUCCUGCGCACGCGCAGGUGAAUGGCCACCCACCCCACGCGAACCAGCCAAAGACCUCAUCCCAGUACUUGGGCCAAUUGACUGAGGCCGUCUGGACACAGAUGGGCUCUCUAUCCGAGCAAAUGCAGGACUACGACGGCGCCAUGCAAUGUUACGAGCAGGCCUUGAAGUUCAACCAAUGGUCUGUACCGGCUAUGCAAGGCAUUGCCUGCAUCCUGCGUACCAAGGAUGCUUUUCCAGCCGCUGUAGAGUACCUGCGCACCAUUCUGAAAGUUGACCCCACAAACGGUGACGUCUGGGGCAGUCUCGGCCACUGCUAUCUGAUGAUGGAUGACCUACAGCAGGCCUACUCGGCCUACCAACAAGCCUUGUACCACCUCUCUGAUCCCAAGGAACCUAAACUGUGGUAUGGCAUUGGCAUCCUCUAUGACCGCUACGGAUCUUUGGAGCAUGCCGAGGAGGCCUUCUCACAAGUUAUGCGUAUGGAGCCUACCUUUGAGAAGGCAAACGAGAUCUACUUCCGUCUGGGUAUAAUUUACAAGCAACAGCAAAAGUUCAAUCAGAGCUUGGACUGCUUCAAAUACAUUGUCACCAACCCUCCUCGCCCACUCACUGAAGAGGACAUUUGGUUCCAGAUUGGACACGUCUAUGAACAGCAGAAAGAGUUCGAAGCUGCAAAGGGCGCUUACCGCCGGGUCCUCGAGCGCGAUCCCAAUCACGCGAAGGUGCUUCAACAACUGGGAUGGCUUCAUCACCAACAGAGUACAAACUACGCGAGCCAGGAACAGGCCAUUGAAUACCUUGAGAAGUCGGUCGCUUCUGAUCAGACAGAUGCACAGAGUUGGUACUUGCUCGGUCGUUGUUACAUGUCUCAACAAAAGUACCCCAAGGCGUACGAGGCUUAUCAGCAAGCUGUAUAUCGUGACGGCAGAAACCCAACCUUCUGGUGCAGCAUUGGUGUACUGUACUACCAAAUCAACCAGUACCGCGAUGCGCUCGAUGCCUACUCUCGCGCAAUCCGAUUGAAUCCCAACAUUUCGGAAGUCUGGUACGACCUGGGAACACUGUACGAGUCUUGCAACAAUCAGACAGCCGAUGCUCUCGACGCAUACCAGCGCGCGGCCGAUCUCGACCCAUCCAACGUACACAUCAAGGCUCGCCUUCAGCUCCUACAGAAUGGACAGACAUCUGCCGGAGCCCCAAAUCAAGGCAAUGCUCCUAUACCUCAGGAUGUACAUCCACAGGCUUAUCAGCCUGCGUCAGUUCAUGGUCCAGCUGCUCCACAAUGGGGUGCUCCUCAACCACAGCAGCCUCCUCAAGGCCCUGCUCCUCCUGCUCUGGCGGCUGGCUGGGACCGCCCUCUUGCUCAGAUUCGAGAUCCGGGCCUACCGCCUCAGCAAUUGAACCCAUAUGAGCAGCGCGAGGGCAUUCGUCCUCCUACUCAGCAUGCUCCUCAGAGGCCUACUAGCCCGAGACAGGAAGCGCCUAGGCCCUACGCAGAGCCUCCGCGCCCUCCCACCAGCGGCCCUGGUCCCCAGGGCCCUGCCGGCCCUCCACCUCCUGUCCCAGGACCGAUGCGUCGUGGCAUGUCUCCAUCUCCAAAGACGCACCAUGUUGUUCCUAGUCCCUACCACCCGCAGCCACCACAGCUCACGCCUCAAGCAGCUCACGCGCAACCACAGCCGCCUGUGCACCAGCAGCCGCAACAACAGCCACCCCAGCCUACCCGUAUCUCGAAUCCCAACUACGGGCCUCACGCUAGCAGUGUACCUCCCCCACCUCCCCCACCACCUACUGGUCUUGGUGGUCCGCCAAGUCAAACGUCCACACAAAGUGCUGUUCCUCCAUACAGUGCCCGUCCUAGCAGCCCUGCCCCCGAAGUGCGCCCUAUUGUGGAGAAUCGAACAGCAUCCCCACGUAACGGUUACCAGGGCCCUUACCAGCAUCACCCUGACCCUUCUACUGGCGGUGGUAUCGCUAGUGGUGCUCCUCCACCAGCAUCGGCUCAAGCUGCUGCUGAGCAAGCUGCCCGCGAUCGUGACGAGCGCCCUCCAACUGCUCCGCCAAAGAGACAUCGCGAAUGGGAGGAGAACGACCACAUUAGCGCCAAGCCACCUACGAAUGAUGAAAAGCGCCAAAAGAUUGAAGAGCCUCACAGCCGUCGGCCCACACCCCCACACCGCAUGUCCUCGCCUCAAGUGCCACGCCAGAGCCCACAGGAUGGCCCUGACCCCAGGCGGUUCAACGACGGCUAUCAUCCAUCUGAGGCUGCCCAUCACCCACCUUCGCUACCCCCGAUGACUACUGCGCGACCGCUGUCCCGCAUGUCGGAGACAUCGAAGCCAGAGCGUUCUGAGCACCACGAACCGGCUGCUCGCCACAUGGAUGUGGAUGAGAAUUACGAUGAUGAAGGUGAUGACUCGAAGCCAAGUGUAGCGAAAUCUGAGCGGAGCAGCCCACGCACUGCACCUACCAAUGGCGUGACUCAUGCUCUUGCCGCUGAGCAAAAGUCAUAAGUAUGACAGCAGAGGGCAGGGCUUGGGCCACAUCGAGCGUUCCUACCAUGUCUUUUCUUUUCUUCACACAUGCACUGUUUGUUUUGUGGGAUUUGCUCAGAUGACUUCGGUUUUCUUUUUUCUGGUUUGGAGUUUUUGUGACGAAGGGUCCGGCCGUGGAUUUGUAGUUGGAUUGAGGUCAAGGUAGAAUGUAGGGGACGUGAUAACGCUCUCCUGCACGGCGAUGAUACCCUGCGCAUUAUAGUGUAACCGCCUCUGCGGGUGUUGUUUGUAUUUUCUAAUUAGCCAAGAAUGUCAUAGCAGUUAGUAUGGAACUCUGAGUAUGCUUGCAUGAUGAGAGUGAAGG